AUGGACCGAGCCUCGGCUGCUUCUGAGCGCCAAAGGACGGUGGACGGAGAUACCACAAUCGACUGCUCCACGACCCUUGCUGAAUCACGCACCUGGUCUACAACAGCCUCCUAUGACACACGCCAACUGGACAAGGAAACCCUUAACGCUCGUUCCGAAUACACGAAUAGCCAUGAUGAUGGCACCGCUGAGCAUCGCAUCAACCAGUACCUCAUAAAACAGGAAAUUGGAAGGGGCUCGUUCGGGGCCGUCCAUCUUGCAAUCGAUCAAUAUGGCCAUGAAUACGCUGUCAAAGAAUUUUCUAAAUCACGAUUGCGAAAGCGAGCUCAAUCCCAUAUCUUGCGCAACCCUCGGGGUGCCAGAGUCCCUGGCACCAUCCCCGCCGAGGACUCGUUAUAUAUGGUCAUGGAGAUGUGUAAAAAGGGUGUCAUCAUGAAGGUCGGCCUGGGAGAAUGCUCAGACCCUUAUCAAAAUGAAAGCUGUCGUUGCUGGUUUCGGGACUUGAUCUUGGGAGUGGAGUACCUGCACGCACAGAAUAUCGUUCACCGAGACAUAAAACCAGACAACUGCCUCCUGACUAACGAUGACGUGCUAAAAGUUGUCGAUUUUGGCGUGUCUGAAAUGUUUCAGAAAGAUUCUGACAUGUAUACCGCGAAGUCUGCUGGAUCUCCUGCCUUUCUGCCACCAGAGUUGUGUGUUGCGAAACAUGGGGAUAUAUCCGGCACAGCAGCUGACAUCUGGUCCAUGGGAGUGACGCUGUACUGCCUCCGCUAUGGGCGAAUACCAUUCGAGAAAGAGAGCAUUUUUGAACUCUACGAGUCAAUCAGGAAUGACGAGGUUAAAUACGAAAAUGAAACAGAUGAGGAUUUCAUAGAUUUGAUGACAAAUAUUCUACAAAAGGAUCCUACGAAAAGGAUCAAGAUGCCUGAGCUCAGAGUGAGCGGUACCGACCCUCUCCUUUCUGCAGAGGAAAACACUGCCAAUCUCAUUGGUGACCCCACCGAAGAAGAAGUGAACUCUGCCAUUACCAACAAAAUAGGUAACGUGCUUGCAGUGGUUAGAGCAGUACAUAAAUUCAAAAGGCUCAUCGAGCCAGAAAACGCAGCCCCAAUGCAAAGUAUUCUGGGUCAAGAUGUCGAGUCUCACUUCGUUCAACCGCCGCUAUCCAUGGAAGCGUCCGACAUUGAAGUUUCCUCAGUGAAUACAACAGACCCGGAUGCUCUCUCUAGUGCUAGGAUCAUCAAUUCAAAGUCUGGUUCUACAGACUCUGGGCGACAUGUCAUCGAACAGGGAAUUUACAUUCAGCCCACCAUGCAAAAAAGCGGUAGUGACUCGCGUCUUGCAAGUACGUUUGGGGGAUCAUGCCAACACCGCCCCAGCUCAACUACCAAAUCACCGUCUUCGCCGCUUCUUCAAACCUCCCGCACCAGCACCCCAAGCAAACAAAGCAUUUCUGAAGGUACACGCGGCCAUGCUCGCGAUCCUCUAGAAGAAGAACAUUCGUUCCUCUUCAUCGGUCCAUCGUCAUUCACGGGUGUCCUGACAUCAGAAGACGAAGAGAGAUCAUCAAACAAUUUCAACCUUGCACCUCAUGCAGCCACAGAGGAACAAGCUAAGUCCGAAGUAGCCAGUGGUCUUGGCGACGAUGACAGCACUGCCUUCCCAAUCUCUGAAAUGGGUCAGGUGCUCAUUGUAAGUGAAUCGCCCGGCGCCGCAGAUAUUAACAUCUAUGAAACCGCGUAUAUGGAGGAGGUGGAGCGGAUUCGGAAACAAAGCCUUGCGCGUCAGCGUCCGACACCAAAGGUGUAUCUCACCCGGCGGGUUGAGGGGAAGGAAUCUAGCCUUGGCGAGCUGCUUCGGCAAACCACACUUAAUACAACGGAUCAGAAGGUCCCAUCGGAUCUGACCCAGGUUACAAGAGCGACAACCACGAGCCCUCUAGCACAGAAUCAGGAUGUCGAAGUCGCAGAUGAAAGUGCACAUGUGUCAAUGGCGGCAGCUGCAGCUGGGUCUACAACUCUGUCGUCUCAAAUACAAACCCCAGUUGCGGAUGGGAGUGUAGGGUUCGGAGCGACCGCCUCCAAUACCGCCACCUCCCCUUCAGAACCAGUGAUACAAAGCUCAGAACAACUAUCCGCCCAAGCAGAAGCAGCCCUGUCACUGUCAUCUAACACGCGCUCGCCGUCCCACAGAACGAUGGGAACUGCUGUCGCUGUAACAAGCGCGACCAACGCUACCGCUGCGCCAGUGACUACAUCCGCAGCCCAACGGUCGCGAAAUGGUUUGCGAUCACUCCUUGGGAGGGUUAGGAGGGAGAGCACGCAGUUUGGGAAGAAAUAA